AUGGCUCAUUAUUUUGUGGCGGCCUUCACCGCCUCAGUUCUUGGAGGAGUCUAUUUAAAGUUCUGGAAGUUCAAGUACUGGUCUAGACUCGGGUUGCAAGCCUUGGAAGGAAGCUUACCAUUCGGCUUCGCCAACAGAUUCAUCUUCGGCAGCGCCGUCGUUAGUGAUGAGUUCAAGACGUUGUACGAGACGUUCAAAAGUGAAGAAAGACGUCAUGGAGGUGCCUACAUUUGGUCCACGCCUGUUUACAUUCCGAUUGAUCCGGUGAUUGUCAAAACGGUGCUGGAGCACAAGACGUUCGCCCAGAGGAACAUCUAUUGCAAUUCCACCAAAGAUGCCUUGUUCAACAAGCUGUACUACAGUGGCCAUGAACAAGCUGCACCUUGUAGAGAAACGUUGGCGUCCAUUUUCUCCAAGCAAAACCAGGAGUUGUACUUCAGAAGUCUGGAGCAAGUUUUGGAUGGGAGUUUGGAUGUUUCCGGCACCGAAGACGUGACCAAAUUGUUGACAACAUUGAACGGUACCAUAGUGAAGGCGUUGUUCUUGAACAACACAAUAGAUGACAAGUUACUGCUGAAGAACUUGGACAAAUUAGCUGAGUCUCAAGAUUAUUUCGCCACCAAGUCAGUUUUGGCCUUGAUUUCUUCGUCCAUUUUGAAGUUGUUCUUCGCCCGAAUCUCCAACAGGUCCGCUAUGAACUACUUCACCGAACAAAUCCAAAACACCGUCAAUUACAAAAGGGAAAAUCCCGGCCAAGAAUUCGUGGACGUUCUGAUGCAAAUUAACGAUGACGUGGAGGUCGUUUCCAAUAUUGUGAUGCUGAUACUCGGCAACUGCAAAUUCGUCCCUUCAACCGUGGGCUUUUGUUUGUACGAGUUGGCCAAAAAUGAGGACGUACAAAAGAAGCUGAGGAACGAAAUAAUGGUCGCCUUGGAGCAAAAUAAAGGUGAGCUCUCGUUGGAAACGCUGAACAGUUUGGAGUACCUGGACCAAGUCGUCAAGGAAACCUUGAGGAAGUACCCCACCGUUUCCAUAGUCAAAAGAUCAAACCUGGACAGUUUUGCGGUACCGUCUUCUACUGUGCUUAUCAGCGAGAACACAGACGUGAUAGUACCAGUCUCUGGCCUCCAUUACGACUCCGAAUAUUACCAAAAUCCCGAACGGUUUGAUCCUGAGCGCUUCAACAAGGAACAAAUUCAGAAGAUACAGGAUUAUACAUACAUCCCGUACGGAUCUGGUACUAGGAGUUGUGUUGGGAAGGAGCUGGCUGAUGUACUGCUGAAGCUGGUUGUUGUGAAGUUCGUCACCUUGUACCAGAUGAGUUUACCUAACCCCGAUAGCAAGGUGGAGUUUUUGCCCAACUGUUUGUACACUCGAGCCAAAGAACUGAAGGUCAACUUCCAGAAAAUAUAAUAAUUAAUACUCAUUCUAUUGUUUCAAAUUGUAAAAUAAAUUAAGAAUAAGCAUUUCAAAUUGGUGUUUAAUAUGUUCCUGUUCCUGUUUUAAAUACAAAUCUUGUUACAGUCAAUUAAACAA